CCCAAGUUUCCUUUCUUCAGCAGAUUAAAAGAUGCUAAGAUCACCAAAUUGUGCCACCAAUUUGACCAGAUAUUUCUCGAAGGUCAGUGUGGAUAUAAUAUAUUCUCAAAAUUUACGAUAAGGAUACCACCAGUUUGAAAUUGUCAAUUUCUACACGUGUAUGAGUACAAGACUCAUCGGCUGCAGAGACCACAAACGAGAUGGAGACCGAAACGAAAGCCAAAAUAACACAGCUACACAACAUGCUGGGAUUAGCUCUCCGCACACAAGUAACAUCCGAUGAGCUAAAGCAGCUACUGCAAUAUUUCCAUGGGUGCGGGGUUGGAAGACGAGAGCAAGAGAAUAUAGUGGACUUCUUGACCCUCUGGCAAAAACUCGAGACAAAAAAGAUCAUUGAACAGCGCAAAUAUAGUAUACUCGAAGAUGCUUUCAGAGGAAUCAAGGCACCUGCACACAUAAGCGUUAUCAAAGAGUUUGAAGAAAAAAUGAAAAGUGAAGACGGCCUGUACAAUGAUUGGGUUAUCGAUAACAAGACCGUAGAAAGCGUAGAAGAGCUAAAAGAUUUGAUAAGGAAGUAUGAGCCGUUACUGCAAAUCCGUCGCGGAGUCGUACUCAACAAUGCAGUUUUUUGUCGUAUCACAAAUGAUGGUGGACAAAUGCAGCUGCGAAACGGCACAGCAAAGCUCCAAGUUCCUCUGAAUGCAAUGGUAGCAAAUGCAGAUGUCGUGUUUUGGAUCUUCCGUGUACCAGCGGAAAAAAAAAGACAUCUACGAAUAACAAAUCCUCGUUCCUUACGCAUCGUGCAAUGCUCCCUUCCGUUCCAAUUUGGCCCGCCAGGGCUUGUCUUUAGGAACCAAGUAAUUCUCACACUCAAGGACCUUAGUUUGGCAAGGUCUGUUUCACCCGAACCCAUGUUGAUCUGCAGAAAGAAAGACGGGGGGAAAAAGUGGACGAAAUUGGGAUCCUGUUUCUGUGAUGUAAGAAAUCAGACUGCCACUGCUCAGGUCAAGAAGUUCUCUAGCUACGUGCUCGGGCGACCAGCGACAGAUCACACACAUCUCUUGAAUGUGCACGUGCUGGUAGAGUUCAGAGUUGCAGUAGACGAAGACGAUAGUGCCUUCUAUAUAUAUUUUCUGAUGAAUGACUACAGUUACGUCUCGGAGUUUGUUCAGAAACAGCAAAUAUGCGUUAUCAUAGAGGCGUGUCUGUACCUGGACCCACAGAAUGAUGUGAAUGUCAGCGUGAUAUAUGCCAAUGGAUGUAAACAUAAUACUGAGGACGUACGAGAUGACGCAUUGCAAGGUCUUGCAGAAUUUCCUGUUCAGAUUCCCUUACCAAGCUCUAUCGUGCACGGUGAUAUCGAGGCACUGACUCUGAUGCAAGAUGGUAACAUUCUGCUUCGUCUUCCUAUUGGAACAACUAAAGAAAGGCCAGGCGCAUCGGAUACUCGAACUGACUCCCUACGAACAGACAUGACAGAGAAAAUAACCGAAUCAAAGGAUUUGGCAACGGACCUCCAGUCACGGAGCCAACAUUCUGAGGAGGCAAUGGUAUGCGAGGAUACGGACGUGGACUAUGGAUUGGGAAAAGGAAGGGCUGAAACAGAAUGUGCUGCUGUUUCCGACUGUGCUGAUAAGAGUGUCUAUAAGGCCUCAAAAUCGGGUAAAGAAAUGACCAUGUGCGCACUGCAUAAAAGGCUAGCGCUAGAUCUCGAAAUGCAGCUGUCAUCAGAGGACAUUAAGAGAUUGAAGCAUCAAUUCAUAAAGUUUGGAAUUACUUCAGAAAGUGAUAUGGAUAGCGUUUCUGAUGACAUCUUAGAUCUUUUGCCCCUGUUAGAACGGGAAAAGAUCAUUGAGAUUGGCAAUUACAGUAAAUUAAAAGACGCUCUGAGAGCGAUUGGUGAAACGGAUUGCGUUCAUGCCAUAGAAGACUUUGAAAGAUGUGUGAAACAUGAAGGUAAAGUCAUCAUACCACCCCAUAAAAAGCUGGCGUCAGCUCUGGAAUUGCACUUGACGUCACAGGCCGUUAAGAGAUUGAAGCGUUACUUCAUAAAACGCCGAAUUACUUCACAAAGUGAUAUGGAUAGCGUUCCUGAUGACAUCUUAGCUCUUUUGCCCCUGUUAGAACGGGAAAAGAUCAUUGAGCUUGGCAAUUACAGUAAAUUAAAAGACGCUCUGAGAGCGAUUGGUGAAACGGAUUGCGUCAUUGCCAUAGAGGACUUUGAAAGAUGUGUGAAACAUGAAGGUAAAGUCAUCAUACCACCCCAUAAAAAGCUGGCAUCAGUUCUGGAAAUGCACUUGACUUCACAGGAUGUUAAGAGAUUGAAGCAUUACUUCAUACAUAUUCAAAUUACUUCAGAAAGUGAUAUGGAGUGCGUUUCUGAUGACAUCUUAGAUCUUUUGCCCCUGUUAGAAAGGAAAAAGAUCAUUGAGCUUGGCAAUUACAGUAUAUUAAAAGACGCUCUGAGAGCGAUUGGUGAAAUGGAUUGUGUCCAUGCCAUAGAGGACUUUGAGGAAGGAAUGAAAUACAAAGAACAUGGAGAGGACACACCGACAGCUGGUCCAUCGAAAUCAUACGUUAGGGCCAGUGAUGAGAGGAAAGUGCCUCAAAGUGCUGAAUCAAAAGCACAAUAAUGUUACUGAACUGAAAAUGCGCUCUGUCAUGUCUGUUGCGCCAAUAACAAAUACAGUAGAUGACCACAAUGAACUGAGGAAUAGCUUUGGAAGAAACAGACUCAUAAGUUUUUUCUACUUGGACCCGCUUGAAAAAUGAGGAAAUCGAAAAGAAUGACAUAGAAAUGAAAGCAAAUCCUAAUCGAUUUAAGGUGAAACUAUAGUGACUCGAGCUCCAUUUGCCAACGUAUGGAAGACUACAUGUAGAAGUGAACUCUUUCAAUCACCAAAUAUUAGACAAGAUAUUUUUUGGAGGCCAUGCAGACAAAGGUGACAAUAUCCCCCUAGUUAUACUUUUUUUUACAAUUUUGUGGAUUUUGGAUGGGUUCUGAUGCUUGUUUGAUUGGAAAAAUGGAGUCUCUAUAGUUUUAGCUUCAAGACGAAUGCUGAAUGUUGUUAAAUCCGAGCCUAUCUAUCGAAGUGUUAAGUCUGCCAGUGCAACCACUGUUUUGUUGUUCUCUCUGACGGUUUGCAUGGUUUGGGAAAGUUUUUCGUCGUGCACUGAUCUUCCAAAUAAUGUCAAAGCAUGGCUUGUUCCGCUGGUCUAAUUAAGGCUCAUGAUCGAGGGGAUCGAAUCAUUGGUAAAUGGGCCUUUUCCAAAAGUGCCCAUCACCCAAAUAAAGCCAACAGCAAGCUUUCAAACAUGUUAAAUGCUAAUUUUGAUGAAAUUGCACAUUUUACACAUUCAUUCACAGAAAGUUAAAGUAUAGUAUAGUAUAUAUUUUAUUCAAGUGUCAUCUGUUUCACGAUACAGCCAGCCUUAUUUAGGCGUAUAAGCUUACAUAGUAGUUUACGGACCAAAAUUUAUUUUAAAUUUGCUUCUACCUACAAUAUAUUAUAUAUUUCUUAUCGCAAGCGCUUUGAUACCAUAGUUCGCAACGUAUUUCAUUACGUCUGGAUUACUCAGCAUAGCAUAACGUUUAUUUUACUAUAGUUGAAAUCAUUUCGUACAUUUUUGUACGUUGUGUACAAUAUGCGGGGCAGUGGCACAGGAAAUGCACCUCAUCUUCUACUUUAUCAUUAUCACAUUUUGAACACGUCCUUUGCUCUACCGGAAAUCCGCGGUAUCGUCCAAGUUCCAAGUUGAUUGGGAAAGUUCCAUUGCGCAGUUUAACUAAAGUUGACCGUUCAGCACUGAGUUAAGACAUUGGGGUAUGUUCUAUUGUAUAAUGUAGUAUUCCUUUGAUCAGUAGCUAUACUAGACACAAUUUUCUAAUAUUUCAGUUGAACAGAAUUUCACUGCAUGUAGAUUUAAUUCACUGAAGUGUAAAAUAAAAGUGGCAGCCGGGAAUCAACUCUGAAGGGUUCCUGGUGUUUCAUACCAUUUCCGAGUUAAUGACAUUAUUACAAUUCCUUCAAGAUGAUAAUCUUCAUGAAGUGAAUACCCGUUUGAAACGGUAGACGGUAAUAAAGGCACUGGAAAAAAAGGCACUGGAAAAAAAGGUACGGAAAAAAAGGCACUAGGUAAAAAAGGCACUGGAAAAAAAGGCACUGGAAAAAAGGCACCAGGAAAAAAGGCACUGGGUAAAAAAGGCACUGGAAAAAAAGGCACUGGAAAAAAAGGCACCAGGAAAUCACUAUACUAGGUAAAAAAGGUACUGGAAAAAAAGGCACCAGGAAAGCUCUAGGUAAAAAAUUCACCUAGGCCCAAAAUUCAUAUGGGGUGCCCCCCGUGCAUUUCUAUAUGUGUAUGUGUUUUUUUGUUAGUUUUUUUCUCUAGGUAAAAACCUGCAAACCUGCCCCAACUCGUUUUAGUUCACAUGGGUGAGCUCCGGGGGUGAUUUCAUGUCAUCAUGUCUCAGCGUCGUCGCAUAAGAGUGUCAAAAAGUAUUGUAUCUUGUAGAAAUAGAUUAUUGGUGAGGGAACCCUGAAUCUAAUUUGAUUAAACUACUCGACCAAAUCAAAUGAUCUUUGUAUCAUUUUUUAUAAGGAUUCCCUGCCUAUCCAAGCUAGUUUUUCUGGUCGGAGGGUACUGAAAAUAGGCUAUUCCGUUUUUUUUCUGGUGCCAUUUUUCCUGGUGCCUUUUUUUCCAGUGCCUUUUUUACCCAGUGCCUUUUUUUCCCGGUGCCUUUUUUUCCAGUGCCUUUUUUCCAGUGAUUUUUUUCCUAGUGCCUUUUUUUCCUAGUGCCUUUUUUUCCAGUGCCUUUUUUUCCAGUGCCUUUUUUACCUAGUGCCUUUUUUUCCAUACCUUUUUUUCCAGUGCCUUUUUUUCCAGUGCCUUUAUUACCUACAUUCGUUUGAAACAUGGGAGGCUGUUCUCUGGAAAACGAAGAGCAGACUCCAACUCUCGAGAUGGACAUCACUUUGUUUUGAAAGAGUUCUAAUUGCUGUUGGAUGAUCAACCCAUGAAUCAUACCAUUAUCAACUUUAAUUGGUUCCUGGCAUUUUACAUCAUUUCCGUUUUAUA